AUGGCUGAGACAGUGAUCAGGAUCUUCUGGUUUUUGCAGGGUGCCAGGGUAUGGCUGCGGGAGCAGGACCAGCUGCAGCCAUGCACUGUUGUCUCGUGUGCCGAUGGAAACGUGCUCUUCACCUCAGAUUAUGGGACGGUAUUCCAGUACCCCAAGGCCUCCCUUUCCAGAGAAAAGGUCUUGCCAAUGCACCAGACCAGCGUUGAUGGGGUAGAAGACAUGUCCAUGCUGGGAGAUCUGCAUGAAGCUGCCAUCCUGCUUAACCUGCACCAGCGCUACCAACGGGGUAACAUCUAUACAAACAUUGGUUCCAUCUUGGCAUCAGUAAAUCCCUACAAACCCAUCCCUGGUCUGUACAGUGUGGAUGCCAUAGACCUGUACAGACAGCACCGCCUGGGUGAGCUGCCUCCCCAUAUCUUCGCCACCGCUAACGAGUGCUACCGCUGCUUGUGGAAGCGUCAUGACAGCCAGUGUGUUCUGAUAAGUGGAGAAAGUGGAGCUGGAAAGACUGAGAGCACCAAGUUGCUGCUGAAAUUUCUGUCAGCCAUGAGCCAGACCUCCCUUGGGGCCCCUCCAUCUGAGAAGAGCACUCGUGUGGAAGAAGCCAUCCUGGAAAGCAGCCCCAUUUUGGAGGCCUUUGGAAAUGCCAAGACAGUUUAUAACAACAACUCCAGCCGCUUUGGCAAGUUCAUCCAGCUGCACUUCUCUCAACAUGGACACAUCCAGGGAGGCCGAGUAACUGAUUAUUUACUGGAAAAGAACAGAGUGGUACACCAGAACCCCGGAGAGAGGAAUUACCACAUCUUCUAUGCUCUGCUGGCUGGUGUGAGUGGGGAGCAGAAAGAGAGCCUCUUCCUCUCUGAGCCAGAGACUUAUCGCUACUUGAACCAGUCUGGUUGUGUGAGUGAUGAGAACCUGAAUGAUGUAGAGAUGUUCAGUAAGGUCAUGACUGCCAUGAAGGUGGUGGACUUCAGCACUGAAGAAAUCAGAGACAUCUUCAAACUUCUUUCUGGCACACUUCAUCUGGGAAAUGUUGAAUUCAUGACAGCUGGUGGGGCCCAGGUCACAACAAAAGCGGUGCUGAACAUUGCCAGUGACCUCCUGGGCUUAGACUCCUUUCAGCUUUCUGAAGUACUGACACAGAGGUCCAUGAUUCUGCGUGGGGAAGAGAUCAGCUCCCCUCUCACCGUGGAACAGGCAGCUGACUCCAGAGACUCCCUCUCUAUGGCGCUCUAUUCUCAGUGUUUUUCAUGGCUCAUUAGCAAGAUUAAUACGAAGAUCAAAGGCAAGGAAAACUUUAAGUCUGUGGGCAUCCUGGAUAUUUUCGGCUUUGAGAACUUUCAGGUGAAUCGUUUUGAGCAGUUUAACAUUAACUAUGCAAAUGAGAAACUCCAGGAAUAUUUCAACAAACACAUCUUCUCCUUGGAGCAGCUGGAGUACAACAGGGAAGGGAUAAACUGGGAAGCCAUUGACUGGAUGGAUAAUGCAGAAUGCCUGGACCUUAUCGAGAAGAAACUGGGUCUACUGGCUUUGGUGAAUGAAGAGAGUCGAUUCCCCAAAGGCACAGACAACACCCUUCUGGAAAAACUUCACAGCCAGCAUAUGAGCAACCACUACUAUGUGAAGCCUCGGGUAACAGACCAUCAGUUUGGCAUAAGACAUUAUGCUGGGGAGCUUGGACAUUUGUUUGAGUUUCUCAAGCUGGACUUCAUCUAUGACCUUUUUGAAAGAGUCUGCAGUCGUUGCAGUGAAGAGACACUGAAGAUGGGCACCCAGAGGCGCAGACCGACUGUCAGUUCCCAGUUCAGGGAUUCUCUCCAUUCUCUGAUGGCCACACUUAGUACUUCCAACCCGUUCUUCAUUCGCUGCAUCAAACCAAAUACCGAAAAGGCACCAAACCUCUUCAAUCCAGAUGUGGUGCUAAAUCAGCUCCGUUAUUCAGGGAUGCUGGAGACAGUAAAAGUUCGGAGAGCAGGUUUCCCUAUACGGCGCCUUUUCCAGGACUUUCUCAGCAGGUACAAGAUGCUUGUGAAGGGACCAGGUUUCUUAGAUAACAGCAAAGCUGUAUGUGCAGGCUUUCUUCAGACCUAUGACAGCAGCAAGAAAGAAUGGCAGCUGGGUAAAACCAAGGUUUUCCUGAAGGAAGCUCUUGAGCAGAAGCUGGAGAAGGAUCGGGAAGAGGAGUUGAGGAAAGCAGCUAUAGUCAUCCGGGCCCACGUCUUGGGCUACAUGGCAAGGAAGAAGUAUCAAAAGGUGCUAGCCAGUGUUGUUAUAAUCCAAAAGAACUACCGAGCAUACUUCUGGAAGAAGAGCCUGCUGCGACUGAAGGCCUCUGCAGUCACCCUGCAGAAGCACUGGCGUGGCCGCCUGGCUCGCAGCCUCUACCAGCACCUGCUGCAGCAGGAACUCAGGCGGCAGCAGGAAGCGGAGGAGAGAAGGAAGCAAGAGGAGGAAGAACAGAUCAGAAGAGAGGAAGAGGAAAGACAAUGGCAAGAAGAGGAGGAGCGUAGGAGGAAACAGGAAGAGGAAGAGGUGAAGGAAAGAGAAAAAGAGCAAUUGAACGUGCUAUUCCAGGUGGCUCAGGUUGAAGCAGUAAAGACUGAGGAGGUAGAUAUUCCCCUGCAAGAAGAAGAGAGACGUCAGAUGGAGGAGAUCUUAAGACUGGAGAAGGAGAUUGAGAAGUUGCAGCAACAGAAGGAGGAUCACAUGUCUAUCAUCUGUGAAAACACCAGAAAUGAAAUCAAUCGGCAACGAGAAGAAGAGAUCCAGAGGCUGGAAAAGGAGGCAUCUAGAGUUGCCCAGGAGUUCUUGGAGCUGCUAGAUUUUGGCAAUCUGGAUGAAAGUGUGCAGAAUUUAGAGCGCUCACUUUCUAGUGAGGGGACACUCAACAUUGACUGCAGCCUGGUGGCACCACUGGCUGAAGAAGAGGUGGAUGAGGGUUUCCAUGCUGAUGAUGAAGGACGGCCAACUUCCAGUCUGGUGGUCUUGAAUCAGCAUGGCACAAGAAACAAUGAUAACUACUCCGAGGAAGUUGUGGACACAAGCCUCUCACUUCUCCAAAGGGAAGUGGGAGAGGUUGCCCCUGCUCCAGGACUACCAGUGGAAAGAACCUCUAGCCCCAAGGAGCAGAGUGCCCUGCCUGACCCAGCAGAAAGCAUUUACAGCACUGUCUCUGAUAAACAGAAGAGUAACAGUGGAGAGGUGGGAGAGCCGAUUUACACUUCCCCCCAGGAUGUGGAGUCUGACUAUGACCAUGAGGAGUUUGAUGGCUGUGGAGAUGCAGGUAGCGCCUCAGCUGAGCCUCUGAAUGGUGAGGAAGGUCUGAGGCACUCCCAUGGUACCAGUCUGGACUCCAACCGUGGCAGCCUGGACUCAUUUCUGGACAGUGAAGAGGAAGUGGAUGUUUACAUUGAUACAGAUGAAGAGUUUUGUAAUGGACGAGUCACUAUCUUCAAUGGCUCGGGACCACCCUAUUUUCAUAGCUAUCUCUACAUGAAAGGAGGUCUCAUGAACCCAUGGAGGCGGCGCUGGUGUGUGCUGAAGAACGAGGCCUUCAUGUGGUUCCGCACUAAGCAAGAGGCACUGAAGUCAGGCUGGCUCUAUAAAAAAGGCGGAGGCAUGUCAACGCUUUCACGCCGCAACUGGAAACGCCGUUGGUUUGUGCUUCGAGAAUCCAAGCUGAUGUACUUUGAGAAUGAUAGUGAGGAAAAGCUGAAGGGGACAAUUGAUAUCAGAAGAGCAAAGGAGAUUGUUGACAUUCAUGAAAAGGAGAAUGCCUUGGACAUUGUGACAGAAGACCGAGUUUAUCACAUUGUUGCAGAGUCACCAGAAGAUGCCAGCGGUUGGUUUAAUGUCCUGAGCCGAGUACACAGCGCUACAGCACAGCAGCUGAGGGAAAUGCAAGAUGAACAAGCCAAUCCAAAGAAUGCUGUGGGAACCCUGGAUGUUGGGCUUAUUGACUCUGUCUGUGCCUCAGACAAUCCUGAUAGACCAAAUUCUUUUGUGAUCAUCACAGCAAAUCGAGUGAUUCACUGCAACAGUGACACCCCUGAGGAGAUGCAUCACUGGAUCUCCCUGCUGCAGAAACCGAAAGGCGAAUCUAAGGUUGAUGGCCAGGAAUUCCUUGUGAGAGGGUGGCUUCAUAAAGAGGUUCAGAGCAGCAACAAGAUGUCAUCUCUGAAGAUGAAGAAACGCUGGUUUGUUCUGACAAACACUGCCCUCGAUUACUACAAGUCAUCUGAGCGCACAGCUGCCAAGCUUGGCACGCUUGUGCUGAAUAGCCUCUGCUCCAUAGUGCAGCCUGAUGAGAGGGUCUUCAAAGACACAGGCUAUUGGAACAUCAUUGUCCAUGGGCGAAAGCACUCCUACAGACUGUACACAAAGCUGUUGAAUGAAGCUAUGCGUUGGGCCUCUGCCAUUCAAGGUGUCAUUGACAGCAAAGUUCCUAUAGAAACACCUACACAGCAACUCAUUCGUGACAUCAGGGAAAACAGCACAAACUUUGAAGUAGUGGAACAGACAUACAGGAGGAACCCAAUCUUGCGAUAUACCCAGCACCCCUUGCAUUCCCCCUUGCUCCCACUACCAUAUGGAGAUGUUAGUGUCAACUUGCAACAGGAGAAGGGUUACAGCAGCUUACAGGACGAAGCAGUGAAGAUCUUUAACUCCCUUCAGGAAAUUGAGACAGUGUCUGACCCCAUACCCAUUAUCCAAGGCAUUCUGCAGACCUGCCAUGAUUUAAAGCCCCUCCGUGAUGAAGUGUACUGUCAGCUCAUCAAACAAACUAAUCACAUGCCGCAUCCCAACAGUACUGGGAACCUGCACCACUGGCAGCUGAUGUCGUGCAUGAGCUGCACUUUUCUGCCCAGUAGAGGAAUCUUGCGCUACCUCAAGUUCCACCUUAGAAGGGUAAAAGAUCUCUUUCCAGGCUCAGAAAUAGACAGGUAUGCACAAUUCAUAAGUGACUCCCUGAAGAGAACAAAGACAAGGGAGUUUGUGCCCUCGCAGGAUGAAAUACAGGCUCUUCUCACCCGUGAAGAAAUGACCACGACAGUGUACUGCCAUGGCGGUGGCUCCUGUAAAAUAACCAUCAAUUCUCACACAAGCGCUGGGGAGGUGGUUGAAAAGCUGAUCCGAGGUUUAGCAAUGGAGGACAGCCGUAAUAUGUUUGCACUCUUCGAACAUAAUCAGCAGGUGGACCGUGCUGUUGAGAGUCGGGUGAUUGUGGCUGAUAUCUUGGCCAAGUUUGAGAGACUUGCUGGCUCUGAAGAUGAAGAAGAGGAAGGACAGUGGCAGCUGUAUUUUAAGCUUUAUUGCUUCUUGGAUAUUGAGAAUGUUCCCAAAGAUGGGGUGGAAUUUGCCUUCAUGUUUGAACAGGCCCAUGAAAGCCUCAUAGAUGGUCAUUUUCCUGCACCAGAGGACACUCUGCAGCGCUUAGCAGCUCUACGGCUGCAGUAUCUUCAUGGAGAUUAUUCUAAAAUAAGUUGGACCCUUGAUGGAAUCUACCCAGUUAACAGACUAAAAUCCAAAAUACUACACUCAACAAAGAGCAGCGGGACUACCAGUCAUACUCUGGAGAGGAGACGGACGAGCUUCCUUGAAGGGACAUUGAAACGUAGCUUCAAGACAGGCUCUGUAAAGAAGCAGAAGGUAGAAGAAGAGCAGAUGAUGGAGAUGUGGGUAAAGGAGGAGCUUUCAGCUGCUCGGGCAAGCAUAGCACAAAAGUGGACCAAGCUGCAGGGACUCUCUCAGCAUCAGGCCAUGGUGAAAUACAUGUCAAUUGUAAAGGAGUGGCCAGGUUACGGGUCAACCCUCUUUGAUGUUGAGUGCAAGGAGGGUGGAUUUCCAAAUGAUCUUUGGCUUGGAGUCAGCACAGAGAAUGUGUCUGUCUACAAACGAGGGGAUCCUAAACCACUAGAAACUUUCCAGUACGAGCACAUCGUUUUCUUUGGAGCACCACAGCCUAACACCUUCAAAAUUACAGUGGAUGAGAGAGAAAUGUUCUUUGAAACAUCCCAGGUGGGCGAGAUAAUAAAGAUCAUGAAAGCAUACAUCAACAUGAUAGUGAAGAAACGCUGCAGUGUCAAAUCAGCCACCAGUGUGGACAGUCAUGCUAGCAUCUGGACUAGGUGAUACGAAUGAACUGCCACAGGAGAGAGGCAAUUGUUUAGUGAUUGGUAUUUGCAACUUGCCAGCACAAGUGUAGCAAAGAUGCUUUUUUAAGAACCCCACUUGACUGACUACUGUAUUAAAAAACUGAAGUGACAUCUACAGUACCAUAGGAUUUGCACCUCUGCCCAAAGACAUUAAACAGUAACAACUGUUGUUAAACAUUAAUGGCCCAAAACCUGUUUUCCCCUUGCUUGUUUGAUGAACAAUGUACCUUAAAGAAGCAAAGUCAGAAGCAUCCUCCUCCUGCGUGUCCUCUCUGCUGCUUUCACCAUUAUCUGUCAUACUGGCAGAAAAAUUCACAAGAAUCAUUUCUGCGCUACAGGAGACAGACUUAAGCUUACUUAUGAAUUUCCAACAUGUAAACAUCUGGGAUUAUGGGAUCGCAGCAUGGUUUGCUAAAGGAAUAUUUGUUUUUUAUUUAUUUGGCAAGCAAUUCUAAAAUACAAGUCACUGGGUUUUUUCUCAGGAUAUACUAAUGAUCUGAUCUGGUCUUAACAGAAAAUGCCUUUGUGUGAUUGAAGCCAAGUGGUCCAACUAAGAGGUCAAACCCUACAUGAGAGAGCAUUAAACAAACAAAAACACCCAAGAUGAUGCUUUACCUUUCAAUAGAAGUUCACAGGUACAUGACUGUAAAAAGCAGCACUUUAAGUUAAACUUCUAAAUACUCCAACAUAGGAGAAAAUCUUUGGGACUAGCACCACUGAAAUACAUCAUCAGGUGCCAUUCCAGGUACAUUCCAAGCAGCACCUGUUGCCUAAAAAUUAAUGACUGCCUUUCCCUUGUACAGUCCAGGAGGUGAGAUUGAUUUAGUUGGAUUUCCAGAAGAGCUGCUCUUCACAAACUCCAGGUUUUAGAUGGAGGUCAAGGGUCUUUAUGGUGAGCAGCCUGCUGCAUUAAGUUCCAUCCUUCUCUGUAUGGGAUUUUGGGAUGACUGGGAUCCCUGAACUUCAGUUUUAAGUAACUGUUUCCUACCGAGUGAAGAGGUGCCUAGAUAAGUUGAGGCAAGAAUUUCACUUCCUCUGUCCUACUGUAAGCAGAUGCCAAACACUUCAUCCUCCUCCAAAUUAAUUGGAACUGCUUCCAUCCCUGAAUCCCUAAAUCCUCUUGCAGUCUUCUCUAGGUCCCUAGUCAUCAGCAACACUUGAAAACAAUGCUGUUUUGCCAAAACAACUGCUUCUUGGAGGUUUUUAUAGCUACUUGCAAUUUGAAGAAGCAGAAUUAUUUUUUCUUCUCAGUGAGAGAUGAUGGUCAUCUUCAGUCUCUUGACUUCACAAACUUGAUUUCAUUGUUUAAAACAAUACUCAGUCACAUCAUAAAUUAGUUGCACUAGCACUCAAGAAACCUGGUGGCUAGCCAUUUGCUAUCACCCUUAUCUAGUCUUGGGAUCCCAGAAUGCAAAGUUUCUGAAUGAAACUGAAGAGCUGUAUGUAAUGUGGGCCUUGUCCCACGUUUAAAAUCAGGUGUCUCCAUUUCUGAAGAAGUGGCAGCUCAGGCCCAUCAGCUAUAAAAUAGAAAGUUCAUAGAAGAGAAAACUAGGAGUCAGUGUACAACAGGUUCCAUUCCAAUUCAUCAUCAAAUUGUGCCAUGACACUAAUACUGUGUUGCAGAACACUGUAGUUCUGAGGUUGACAGUACAAGAAAAAACACUGUACAUAAUCCAUGCUUCUCUCUCAUUUCCACUGCGCUGCAGCAUGUGCAAACAUUGUCCACCUGCCACACCACCAGCCUGAGAGGGUAGCCACUGCUGUGUAUCAUACGUUCAACUGGAGUUUUGCCUUAAAUAGCUUUACUGAAAGAUCCUACAAACAUCCCCUUUUUGUCACGAAGAAUAAGAAGAUGACCAGGUCACGAGAGAGAACAGGAAUGCAGAGGCAACCUGAGAAGCAACACUUUGCAUUGGUCUGAGCACUGACAAGAUCUUUCAUGUAUCAGAAUAACCUUGAUUAUCCCUGACCUAACUCUGCACUAGCUCUGUGUUCUGGCUCUUGGGUUGCUGCAGGCAGCUUGAACCCACUUGGAAAUGUAACGCCCAUUAGAAUUUGUUGUAAUUUUGCUCAUUUCUAUUACAGAAUUCCUUCUGCUGUCUUUUUUUUAAUUUGUAACUGGCUUUACAAGAUGAAAGUUUAAUAAAUUAUUGGAUUGCA